AUGGAUCCUUUAAAGUACCUAUUUGAAGUACCGACGCUAGUUGGAAAAUUGGCCAAAUGGUUGGUCCUACUGUCUGAAUUUGAUAUUGUGUAUGAGACUCGAAAAACCAUCAAAGGGCUUGUAGUGGCCGAAUUUCUUUCUGAAAAUCCAGUUAAUGAAGAGGAAGAAGUCGAAACAGCCUUCCCGGAUGAGAGUCUUAAGCUAGUAGAGGUCCAGCCAUGGAAAAUGUACUUUGAUGGGGCCAUGAAUAAGAGCGAGCCAGAUAGGGGCAUUAAUAGUAUUAGGGCUAAAAAUGUGGAGGUGUUUGGAGAUUCAAUGCUAGUAGUUUCCCAUAUUAAAGGUGAAUGGGAAUUGAAAGAAGAAAAGUUGAGGCCAUACCUAGAGUAUGCUAAGAAACUAUUAUUUAUCUUUGAGGAAGUGACAAUGAAGCACAUGUCUAGAGCUAAGAACCAGAUGGCUGAUGCUCUAGCCACGCUGGCAUCCUUAUGGGAGAAGGGUGAUCAGAAGUUGACCCAGCCAGUUAUCCUGAUGAGGAGUAGAAUCCCAUGCUAUGAAGGGUUAAUAAUAGCACAUUUAGAUCUAGAAGAUGAGAUGAAAUGGUAUGAGGACAUAAGAAGAUAUUUAGAGGUAAGAGAAUACCCACAGUCAGCCAAUAGUAGGGAUAGAGCUACAAUUCGUAGAUUAGCCGUGGGGGGCAACUCUACAAAAGGUUCUUCGAAGGACUAUUGCUCUUGUGUGUGA